CCCAAAAUAGAGAGAAUCAGGUAAGGCAACAAGGCUUCAACUUUGCUUUUGGUGUUUUCAUAUCCCAAUCCUUUUGGUUUUUCCUUUUUUGGGUUCUAUAGAAGAGGCAUGUUUGGACCAUUUUAUUGAGAAGCUGGGGAAUCCUGCAGGCGAAAUUGGUCCCGGAUGUUACUUAUCUUAGAAACAAAGAAGAUGCUCUCUUUAUGUCUUUUUUCCUAGCUGGAAUCUUUACAACAUUAUUGUACUACUGUAAGCCUAAAGGAACCUCCCCCCACACCUUUUGUUCUGCGUUGUUGUCUGUCUGCAACUGUGAAUAUGCAUCGCCGCCUGCUCGAGACGGAGGUGAGCUUGCCGCCGGGAAACGGAAACAUAACCCAUGAUUCUUACAUUAGUGAGACGAAGUUCGACACCAACAUGGUGGUCAUAUUGGCAGCUCUUUUAUGUGCUUUAAUCUGUGCUUUGGGGUUGAACUCCAUAGUCCGUUGCGCUCUACGUUGCAGCCGGAGUUUUGCCUCGGAAACCCCGGAGCAAGAAGCAGCUCGGAUGGCGACUACGGGGCUCAAGAAACGAGAUUUGAAGCAAAUUCCGGUGGCCGUUUACGGUGAAGGCGUGAUCUUCCCGUCGACCGAGUGCCCCAUCUGCCUGGGAGAGUUCGUGGAUGGAGAAAAAGUUAGAGUGCUGCCGAAAUGUAAGCAUGGGUUCCAUGUGAGGUGUAUUGACACGUGGCUGCUGUCACACUCAUCUUGUCCGAAUUGUCGGCACUCGCUGCUUCAGCUCAGUGCACCGAAAACCGAGUCAUCCCAAGGACUCAGUGCCGUAAGGCAACCAGAAAACGGCUUAGGUGAUCAUCAAAAUGGCAGUGUUGCUGUGGUUGUCGAAUAGUGGAAGUCAUGAAAUACGAUUUGCCCAUUCGUCUAAAAACUAGAGGUGGAUUUUAGAG